UCAGAGCUUGAAAUCCAUCAAAGUAAAGGUUUCUUCGAUAAAGAUGUAUUGCUUUUAACCUUGGAAGAUCCUAAAGCUCGUGUAGGGAGUGGUGGUGCCAGUGUAAAUGCUCUACUGGUUGUUGCAGAACAUCUAAGUGCAAAAGCUGGUUAUGAGACUUUAACUCUGAGUGUCUUGGACAAUGCUAACAUUCUUAUCAUGCAUAUGGGUCGAGACUUUCCAUUUAGUUCUUGUGGACGGUUCUUCAACACCUUACCAGCCAAACACAAAGAAGAAUCAAAAGAGCAUUUGUGUGAUUGCCUGGUCUCCAACUUUGACCUCCUGCUAGACCUUGUGUCAAACACACUGUCAGUUAAUGCUCCCCCUGGGGUGUGGAUUUGUAGUACUGACAUGAUUCUUACUGUCGCUCCAGAUACAAAAAUUGAUUGGAAGCAGUAUUCUGAUGGCAUCACCAUGAUAUUAUUUCAAGGAGAUAUAAACUAUGCAACGGGCCAUGGGGUUGUGAAACUCGGAGACAAGGGCAAAGUUAAGGACAUCACUUUUAAAGGAACUGUGGAUAUGUUAAAGAGCUGUGCCCUCCAAAAUGGUAAAGUUCCCUUGGUCAGUGGUGUGGUUUACAUAAAUAUCUCAAUAGUGGAAAAAAUUCUCAGUUUCCAUGUGUAUGCUCCUCUUGAUGCUUGCACUUACUAUGGACUUGACAAUGGAGCAGAUCCUAUACAGUUGUCACUGUUCUUUGACAUUCUACUGUGCCUGGCUGAGGAUGUCACUGAGGCAGACUUUGUUUGUGGUGAAAGGAGUGGUUCAUAUGGUCGCAGCACUCGAAUGGGAACAAAGUGUAGCUCAAAGGAUGAGAUGACAUUGAUGAGAGGUGCAAGGGCUUCUCUGUGGAAGAUUCUCAGGGGUGUCUCACUAAAAGGAGGUACUGUACGUUCAAUCAACUCCUAAACUCUUGUUACAUUGUUCAGUACACCGUCAAGUAAAGUUGUGUGGAGAAUGAGUAAACUAAUCAUCGACCAGGAGCUACUUUCUUGCUUUGUCCUCAUUCAUCACCAAAACCUAACUCUGACAAUAAAAUAAUAAACUUUAGAAAUACUUGCAAUAAAUUAAUUACAUUGAGUCACUGUGGUCUAAUUGUUAGUGCACUGGACUCUAGUUCUAGCAAUCUGGGUUCUAGCUCUGGCCGGGGUCUUGAGCAAGACACUUACAGCUGUAAAUGGGUGCCUGCAAAUAAAU